AUGAUAAAUAAUAUUAAUAAUAUUUUAAACAAGUAUAAUGAUACAACGCAUCUAUAUAUUAGCUUGGCAUUGAAUGAACUCGAUAGUGCAACUGUCAUUCAAACAUUGUCAAUACCUUCACAGCAGACAAGAGAGUUGAAAGCGCAACAAGAGCAAUUGCAGUACCAACAGCAACAGGAUUAUCAGCACAGACCGUGGAGUACCGAUGAUUACUACUUUCGUGUCAACACCUACAGUAUUGGCAAAUGGUUUACUAAGCCAUCGUUGAUAGACCCUCUUCAGUGUUCAAGAUUCGGUUGGAUCAAUUGUGAACCCGAUAUGCUAGAGUGCCUAUCAUGUGAUAAAAGAAUACAGGCCCUACGCAAGACAUCCAUUUCAAAUGUACAGAAAAAAGAUAAAAGAAACCUUUUGAAGCAUUGUUAUCGUCGUCAAAGAUUACAAGUGAUAGCGGUUAAAAGCAAGAAUCUCUGUUAUUCUGGCGUUAUGUGGUUGGAUUAUUAUAGUAACAACAGUAACGGCAAUGCUUCUGAUGGCAGUGACCACAGAGAUGACAACAACCACCAUAUCAAUAUUCAUUGUUCAUAUUGUCAGAGAAUGUUGGGUUUGUGGAACUUUAAAUCAAUGAACAAUAAUAAUAGUGACAUCAGUAUUGUUACUAUAGAUGAUCCUUUCAUUCAACUAUACCCCAAUUUACAAACACAAACAACAUCAACAUCACAUAAUAAUAAUAAUUAUUCAUCAUCAACGUCACUAAAUGUUAACAAUUCACUUUCAAGUCAUACAAUUGGUGGUAGAUCUAAUACGGUAUCUACUUUGUCAUUGAAAAGAGGUAGAGAAUCAACAUUAGAUAUUCAACAACAACAACAACAACAAGAAGAAGAAGAAGAAGAAGCAACAGUCGAAGAUAGAAAGAAAGAAAAAGAGAUACAAUUGAAACUACAACAACAAUUACAAUCGGAACAACAAAGAAAGUGUGAUGUAGGAUGGAGUUGGGGUCAUAGAUUUAAUAAUUAA